AUGCCUGCGGGGCCGACGCAGCGCAGGUUUUCGGCGGCGGAGGACGCGGCCGUCCUGGCCGCCUUCGACGAGCUCGGCCCCAAGUGGGGCCUCAUCGCGCAGCGGCUUCCCGGCCGGACCGAGGCGGCCGUCAAGAGCCGCUACUUCCGGCGGCGGGCGGCGGAGGAGCGGAGCCUCUCGUCGGCGCUCAACUCGCUCCUGCAGGAGGAUGACCCCACCGCCUCGGGGCAGCAGUGGAGCAGGCUGAUCGGCGGCCUGGACGGCACGGGCGAGGCCGCCGCCGGUGCGGCGGUAGACGGCGGCGGCGACAGCGACGACUCAAUGGGCGCCGAGCCGGCCACGCCGAUGGAGCUCGGCCCCGCGCACGCGAGCCCGCCCGACACGGCGCCGCUCGAGGCGCGCUCGCCCGACGGAGGCGUCUUUGAGGCUCCGUCCGAGGCGUUUGCGAUGGCCGUCUCCCUCACCGCGGAGCCCGAGGCGGGCGCGGACUGGAGCGCGUGCAGCCUCGGCGUCCUCAAGGGGGCGCAGGUCCGCUUCCGCACGCGCAAGCAGGCGGACUCGCGCCAACGCGCCGCGCUCGCCAUCGAGCGCUUCUACCGGAAGCGGCGGCGCAGCCCCGCGCGCGAGCUGAGCGCGUCGGCGGACGAGGCGGCGCACUUGUUUGAGCGCGACACCGAGGAGGCGCGCCCGCCGCCGCUCUCCCUCCCGGCCGGCGCUUGCUCGAGCCCGCCGCUGACGGCCGAGGCGCGCGCGCGGCAGCUCCGCCGCUCGGCGGUGCGAGUCAUCGAGAGGACCUACUCGGAGUGGAAGUACCACGCAGAGCGCGCGCGGCUGGCGGCGGAGGGGUCGUCCGAGGGCGGGCCGGACGCGGCGCUCCACUCGUACCACGCCGAGCGGCGCGCGUGCGCGGCGCGCUCGAGUUGA